AUGGACUAUGCAUAUAGAGUCAUUAAGAAUGUCAAGUAUUUCUACAACACCAUCAAUCCGGCAACACUUUCAGGUGCUAUCGAUGUGGUCGUGGUAGAGCAGCCGGAUGGCGAGUUCAAAUCCACUCCAUUUCACGUAAGAUUUGGGAAAUAUGGCGUCUUCAGUCAUAGUGACAAGUACGUCGAUAUUCAAAUCAACGGUGAGGAAAUCGACUUGAAAAUGAAGCUGGGUGAAAGUGGUGUUGCGUUUUUUGUGGAAGAAGCGGAUCCACAUCAGACACCAUCAUAUAUGCUCACAUCUCCUCUACCGGAACCAGGGUGUCCUCCAGCCCAAUCCACUGACCAAGUUUUAACCGAAAGUGCGAAAAUCCUGAGUGAAAAGAGCGCUGGAGCAGAAAAUGAUCGAAAGCCGGCCGCAGCGAUAGAUGCUGCUCCCGAACCAGUGAGGAAAAAGGAUUCACAGGAGCCGAAGCAGGAACAGUCUUUGUUGGAGGUUCAACAGAGGAAAAGGAAUAUGCCAUUUAAUUCGUCUGUGUUCAGCAUAAGAAAAAAUCGGUCUCUACCCGAUUUGCACUCUAUUGCCGACCAAAAAAGUGGUUAUCAUUCAGAUGUUGAAGGAAAACCUGUAAAGGAGACUCCAAGAAAGUGA